AUGAUUGUAGCGGUGGAUGACUCACCAAAAUCAAUUGCUCUUGAAGUCCUCGAUAUGAAAUAUGCUACCGACAUAUCGGGAAGUGAUCAAUCUAAGCUGGUUUUUGGUUGUAGAUGUGAAGCAGUGAACUUUGAAGCAAUACAAAAUACAUAUUCAAGCGCCAUUCCAAUUGUCUGGGUACGUAGUAGUAGUAUUGAAGCCUAACUGAUAUUCCUCGUUCCGAAGAAUUACCUAACACAUGUACUGACCUGUUAUUUGAUUGGAAUAGAUAGGGUCAAGUGAAAUCAUUAAGCAUUUUCUUUAGAAGUAGGCGAAAUUAAAAUUGUGAUACAAUAAGACUGCUCGAGCAAUGUUACUUUAGCAUAAUUUAAAGGGUUACUGGGGAUGUUUCACCAACGCUUGUUUUAAAAGACAACUGGUGUGUCUUAUCUAAAAAUGUAUAAAUUCCUAUACUGUAUAUUGCUGUUUUUACACAUAAGCAUCCUCCAUAGACGCUAAUUAUAAUCAGAAACCAUAGACGAUAUAAACUUUGAUUGCAAACGUAAGUAUACAGUUUCAUCUCGAGGCAUUUUCAGCCUUGGUCAGGUGUAUUCUCUUGGCGACCGCUAAAGUUUAUAAACCCCAAUCUUCUAUAUUGUAGAUUGUCGAUCGCCGUCUCAGGG